CACUUUCAUUUUCACUCCCUCUACUCACCUUCGAAGACCAACAGCCUAAAUCUAUAAUAAUCACAGGCGUCCAGCAGGAUUUUGAUUCUAAGGAUUUGAUUACUAUCAGUUACUGCAUACAUGGAGUCUGAAAGCCUAGAUUCUCCACCUGCAUCACCAAUUGCCGACAAUGGGGAAAACAAUCUUCAGCCUUUCUUUGUUCUGCACAAGGCAUUGCCUCAAAAAGGAAUUAGAAAAGCUUCUGGAACUGGAAAGACCAGGAGAAAGUUAGCGUCUCUAUCUUCUCCUAAAGCUGCAGAGAAAUCACAGGAAACCAAGCAAGUGGGAGAAGAUGAUUAUGAAGAGGUGCGUCUUGAGGCAUUUGAUUUGGUUUGGACUAAGAUUGAUACAACUAUCAAGGAUGUUUUGAGGAACAUCAAUAUCAGCGUAUUUGAUGUGAUACACCAAUGGGUUUGCGAAUCAUUCUCUUCAAUCAAAUCUGCUGGAACCCCUGGUGGCCUACAUUCAUACCCUCCACUGACCGAUAUCACUUGCAAACAGAUUUUUACUGGUUUUGUGCUGACGAAAAAUGUGGAGUUUGUUGAUGAUUUGCUGACAUUUAAAGAACUAGCCAUGCAUUUGAAAUAUUAUGAUUCUCACGUGGUUACUCUUUCAUCAAUGGACUUCACUGCCAAGAGUGGAAUUGGUGGGUGUCUUAGAAGUCUGCUGAGGCAGUUGAUUAAGUUCACUCCAGAUGCAGCUGAUAUAAGUAUCUUAGCGCAAUGGUAUUCUGAACCAGCAAACAAUGGAAAUCCCAUACUUGUGAUCAUUGAUGAUAUGGAAAGAUGCAAUGGAUGUGUCUUAUCUGAGUUCAUCUUAAUUUUGAGGGAGUGGGUGAUAAAGAUUCCAGUCAUCUUAAUAAUGGGAGUUGCUACAACCAUCGAUGCUCCUAAGAAGUUACUUACGUCCAAUGCACUGCAAUACCUCUCACCAUGUAAGUUCACUUUAGGUUCCCCAUCUGAGAGAAUGGAUGCAAUCAUGGAGGCUGUUCUUGUUAAAUUAUGUAUGGGGUUCGACAUUGGACAUAAAGUGGCUAUUUUUCUGAGAAAUUAUUUUUUAAGGCAAGAUGGAACAGUUACAUCUUUCAUCAGGGCUCUGAAAAUUGCCUGCUCUAAACAUUUCUCAAUGGAACCUCUAAGUUUCUUAUGUGAAGGCUUCCUAAGUGAAGAUAGUCAUAGUUUCUGGAUGGAAAUGUGUGAAUCGCUGCCCGAAGAAAUGAAAAAGUGUGCUUUUGGUUUACAAUCUUGUGAACUUAUGGAUGACGUCACAAGUAUGAGCACUGAAACGUUCGUUUCUGGUUUGUCAGAGUUAAAGAGCUUGCGGAAAGACUGGAGUUCUGUGGUUUUGUGCUUGUUUGAAGCUGGAAAGUUUCACAGAAUAAAACUAUUUGAUAUUUUUUGCGAGGCGCUUGAUCCUAAUCGUCAGACUGGUGCUGUUGAAGACCGGGUAAAAGCUUCCUCAAGUAGUAUUUUUCUGCAUAGUGAAGAACAGUUUGGUCCUUGGAAAACAGGUUUCAUAUCUCAGGCAGUACGUAGGAUAAAGGAUCUUCCGCCUGCACAAUUAUCUCAAUUGCUUCAGAUUUGGAGAAAACACACCGAAGGGAUUACAGAGAUAAAUGUCAAAGUGGAAGAGUUGCUAUCAAUGUUGGAUUUUGAUGGUGAAAGCAAGAGUAAGAAACAAGACGGGAUUGGUUCACCCAGGAAGCCAACAUCUAACAGUGAAAUCAAGAGUCCAAAACACACUGAAGGGACUUUAGUGAUAGAUAUCAAAGUGGAUACACAAAACGGGAUUGGUUCACCCAGGAAGCCAACAUCUAAUGGUGAAAUCAAGAGUCCAAGAAAAGGUAGGAUAGGUUCACCCAGGAAGGUAACAUCUCCUUGUGAAAGCAAGAGUCCUAAAAGAAUAAGGAUUGGUUCGCCCAAGAAGGCAGCAUCUCGCAACCAUCUGAAUGUAGAAAAAGACAAGAAAGCAGUGAAUUUGAAAGCUGUUAAGUUACUGGAGAGUAUGGUUAAGAAGUAUCUGAAGCCGAUUGAGUCUUUGCCGUUCCAUGAAAUUUUUUGCUUUAAGCACGUCGAUAUAUUGCAGUCAGCUUUGAUCGGAGAUCCAAGGAAAAUGAUUCAAGUUGAUCUUCUCAAAUCUCACACCUAUCUCCAUUGCAGUUGUUGUAACAAGAGCGGAGAUUCUCUGUUACCAUCGAUGAAUGAUACCUCAAUUAUCUAUCAAUUGGCUCAAGAACAUGGUGAUCUGAUCAAUCUCCAUGACUGGUUUCAAUCAUUCAAGGCUAUAAUUCAUCCUCAAAGUAAUACCAAAAAAGGUAAGCGAAAGUUGCAGAUGUCACCAUUAUCUAAAAAGAGAAGAGUUACAGUUGAGGUUGAGUCCAUUAGUGAAGCUUCAAUUCAGGCGAGGUUUUGUAAAGCAGUUACAGAGCUACAGAUUACAGGGUUGCUUCGGAUGCCAAGUAAGCGAAGACCCGAUUUUGUGCAAAGAGUUGCCUUUGGAUUUUAGGCGUCCAGACAUCCUAGGCAUAGAGAAUUUUCCAAAAUGCAGAAUGCAUAAACAAUACUGUUGAGUUCAAUUUGUAGGUGGCCAGACUGUAAAAAAGUUUCCACCUGCGGCCCAGAGAAGCUGCUAUUGGUAAGUGGUGCAUUUUUUACACUGAUUGUUGUUUUUAUAACCCAUGGAAGAAGGGUUUUCACUGAAGUCUUGCUCUUUUAGUAUGUGUUCAAGCAUUCAAUGUGGAGAUAGAUCAGAUAUAAGAAGGAUUAAAACUGACUUAUCAGAGUGUCAGCUCAUUUUUCCCCGAAUUUAUUUUUGUAUGAAAUGGAUGUUGUAUUUUUGAGUCAGUGGCCUAGUCUGAUUCAAACAAGUAUUGAUUUUAAUUUGAUUCAUGGUAGUCAAUA